UCCGUUGUCAUAAGCUCAUCGUACCGUAUUGUGUUUUUUUUUAUCUACAUCAUUAUAAAAUAAAGUAUUUUUUAUUUUUCUGGUAGAAGAAUCCUUAAAACUUGUCUAACAAUCUCGGUUAACGAUAUUCUAAGCCAGCUAUCGUCUGCAGGAGUGAAUAAAAUAAAAAGUAAAAAAAGAAAAGUGAGUUCAAGUUUCAAGCACUUGGUCACGAUAAGAGAAGAUUUGAAGAUCCCAAGUAAAUCUAUUCAACCGAGUAGUACUAUCUACAAACAAGAUGACGGAUUCAGAUCGCGGACUACUUUAUCUGUAUGAUCGACCAUCUGAGCCGGUUUAUGUUCCCAAAGGCGAUGAAAAAGUUGCCUUCGACAUUCCUGCUGAAUAUUUGCCGGAGAGAUACCAAGCAGUUGCUGUGCAAGUGCUUAAUCGAUUUGGUGAAGAGACCGAAUCUAAAAUUCCAGUUAAGCAAAUCAGCUUGCCGGAUUUAACGAUUCCGAUGCAGCUGGAUCGGCGAACGCCUUUUUCACUUUUCAUUCCGGCGCAUCGUAAAAUAGCCGGUCGGCUUAUUGACAUUUUCAUGGGUAUGCGAACUGUCGAAGACUUUCUUUCUGUUGCUGUUUUCUGCCGCGAUCGUUUGAAUCCAAACAUGUUUAUUUACGCGCUCUCAGUCGCUAUUUUGCAUCGCCCUGACACAAAACAUCUGUCGGUUCCGUCAUUCGCUGAAGUAUUCCCGGACAAAUAUGUCGACAGCGGAAUCUUCUCACGUGCUAAAGAAGAGGCCAAUAUUGUGCCAGCUGGUUCUCGGGUGCCCAUUGAAGUUCCUCGUGAUUACACGGCAUCUGAUCUAGAUGAAGAGCAUCGUGUUGCUUAUUGGCGCGAGGAUGUCGGCAUUAAUCUUCAUCACUGGCACUGGCAUCUAGUUUAUCCUUUUGAAGCAGAUGCACGAAUUGUCAACAAAGACAGACGCGGGGAAUUAUUUUAUUACAUGCACGAGCAGAUAAUGGCCAGAUACAACUGCGAGCGUCUUUGCAACAACCUGAAUCGCGUCCAGCGACUUAACAAUUUGCGCGAGCCAAUUCCCGAAGGGUACUUUCCCAAAUUGGAUUCAUUAGUUGCCAGCCGUACGUGGCCAUCCCGUCCAGCUGACACCAGACUCAAGGACAUCAAUAGACCCGUCGACUCUCUUCAAGUGGACAUCUCGGAUCUCGAGAGAUGGAGGGAUCGGGUGUACGACGCUAUCCACACUGGAUCUGUAAUGACUUCACGGGGCCAGAGGAUUGAACUAACCGAAAAAGGUGGAAUAGAUGUUCUCGGUAACAUUAUCGAGGCCAGUAUUUUAACACCCAAUCCUAAUCUUUACGGCGAUUUUCAUAAUCUCGGGCAUGUCGUCAUUUCUUAUUGUCAUGAUCCAGAUCAUCGCUAUCUCGAAUCCUUUGGAAUAAUGGGUGACUCUGCAACGGCAAUGAGGGAUCCCGUUUUCUACAAAUGGCACGCUUUCAUCAAUGACAUUUUCCUAGAACACAAAAAUACUUUACCAGCUUACGGAGUAGAUCAGCUGAACUUCAACGGAGUUACUAUAUCUAAUUUGCAAGUACUCACUCCGAAUCAGAGCCCGAAUACCCUAAUUACGUACUGGAAUCAAAGCGACUUGGAUCUGUCUCGCGGUCUUGAUUUCACGCCCCGCGGAGCCGUUCUGGCACGCUUUACUCACUUGAAUCACGCGUCAUUCCUCUACCGGAUCCAAGUCACCAAUAGCACUAACUCACCCCAAACAGGAACAUGCAGAAUUUUCAUCGCGCCUAAAUUCGACGAGCGCCGCUUACCCUUUACAUUUAGCAUCCAAAAAGAUCUGAUGAUUGAAAUGGACAAAUUCACAGUCCAGCUUAACCCGGGUCAGAACACAAUCGAACGCAGAUCAACAGAAUCAUCAGUAACAAUACCCUAUGAAAGUACCUUCCGAAAUCUAGAUUUAAAUAGACCAGUCGGUGAAGCUCUUGAACAAUUCAACUUCUGUGGGUGUGGGUGGCCUCAGCACAUGCUCUGUCCUCGUGGUCGUAAGGAAGGCUUCCCAAUGGAAUUGUUCGUCAUGAUUUCAGAUUACAAGGACGAUGUGGUGCAACAGGACGAGCCACGUGGUUGUAAAAACGCAGCAAGUUACUGUGGACUACGUGACAGAAAGUAUCCGGACAAUCGUUCCAUGGGAUAUCCAUUUGACCGACGACCACGUAAUGGGGUUCAAAACUUGCAGCAAUUCCUCACCGGAAACAUGCGAGUGGUGGACAUAAGCAUCAGAUACAAUGACGCUGUGGUCCCACGAGUUAGAUCUGGCAGCAUUGACAAUGGUUUGACUUUCGCCUAAAUUACCAAUACCAACUCAUUUUCGGUUUCGUGUUCUAUUUACCUAUGACUGUUUCCAUGUGCGCAUCGGCUGACUCUGUAUGAAUGUUAUCACGUUUCGCACUUAUCUAUGUUUAAAAUAUACAAGAUAAUAAGAAUAAAGUUGCGAUAAUAAUAAGCAAAUUGAAAAUGGUGUUUUCUGAAUCACUUUGUACCGUAGUUUUAUUUAAGGUCAACAUUGGUAGAAAAACUCCGAGCAAUUCUAAGUUGAGUAAAACAAACGGAAUUUAAUGUAAGGGUUUCUUUCAUCCGAGCCGGUUAUCUGUAGGUUGGGAGCUCCCAGCCCUCCAUUAAACAAGCGAAUGUAGUAGAGAUCGCAUAAGCUUUUGUUCCGGUUCAACGGCAGUCGAGGCUCCAUUAUCGGCUCGAACUUUGUCGCUUCGCUUGGAUAUUUAGCGUAACUGUUCGGACGAACUUUAGUUACUGUUUCACAGAAGGAGCUACAUCCGCGGGCUAUAGUCACUUGUAAAUUGAAAAAAAAAAAAAAUAAAUAAUAAUAAUAAUAAUAAUAAAACCAGUGAAUAAGGAAAGGAGGAGCAAAAAAUCAAAAAAACCGAUUUAAGAGAAUGAAGAUUUUUAAUAAUCUUUUUUUACACAAGUUUAAUUGAAUCUGGUUGUAAUUGUUGAAACCACUUUUUUGUCAGGCAACAAAAAAAUUUUUAUUAUCUACUUGGAUGGUUUUGUUUUAUCGAAUCCGCUGAAGAUUUUUAUUUAAUUAACUUAUUUAUUAAACCGAUGAAAGCCUGUCAGACAAUCGUUUUUUUUUUUUUUUUAGUGACUCGAGUAGAGUAAAAAUAAAUUAAAAAUUUAUGACAGUAACUUGCUGGUAAUUUUAUUUUUUAUACCGGAAACUUUAUAUCAGAAACAAUGAGCUUUUUUUACUUUUAAUAACUUUUGUUUUUUUACGAGGCAAUAAAUAGUCUCGAGUAGAAUUUAAUAGAGUGGUAUAUAGUAAAAUAUUUAAUGAAAUUAUAAAAGUGAUGAAUUAAUGUGGAGAAUUAAGAAUUAAAAUGUACAGAGUUAUCGCUGUAUAAUUAAAUGUAAGGACACAAGUUUAACUCAUGUAAAAUAUUGAGCUGUCAUGCUUAAAGUUGGUAAUCCAAGAUUAGGUGGGUUCUGCGAGCAGUCAAGUGACACAGACGCCAAAGUCAAGGUAGAUAAUGUCAGCAACACACACAGGUUGUCAUUAUAACCCACCGCUUGAUAUAUUAAUAAACCAUUUUCCUGAUGUCAUUUUCAGACAUUGAAUUACCAUUUUAAAAUUAUACAUUUGUUAUAUAAGUAAAAUAAAUAUAUAUAAAUAUA